UCUGGAUCUCUCUCUCUCUUCGCACUAGCUAUCUCGUCCUAACCUUUGAGGAAGAAAAUGUCUACUGCGUGCCUUCCCCUAUACACUAGUCCCACUGCUUCAAUCACAACAAACAAGUUAAGCCCAAAAACUUUCAGUACUCCGUUCAAUGCAAGUAGUACUAGAAAGUCGUACGGUAAUUCCAUAGCAUGCAAAGCUUCAUCUUCGAUCAUCGACUUUGAUCUCUACGAUCUUCUUGGCAUAGAUAGCUCUUCUCAGCACUCGCAGAUCAAAACGGCGUAUCGGAUGCUGCAGAAGCGGUGCCACCCGGACAUCGCCGGCCCGGCAGGCCAUGACAUGGCUAUCAUACUCAAUGAAGCUUACUCUAUCCUCUCCGAUCCAAAUUCACGUUCAGCCUAUGAUAAGGAGCAUGCCAAAAUUGCAGAACUAAGAGGCUAUACAGGCAAACCUAUAUACUCAGUGUGGUGUGGAUCGGAAACCGAGCAAAGAGCAGUAUUUGUUGAUGAAGUCAAGUGUGUCGGCUGCUUAAAAUGUGCCUUAUUUGCUGAAAAGACCUUUGCUAUUGAAUCGGUUUAUGGAAGAGCAAGGGUUGUUGGACAGUGGGCUGAUCCUGAGCACAAGAUCCAAGAGGCCAUAGCAACAUGUCCAGUUGAUUGCAUCUCGAUGGUGGAGAGGUCGAACCUAGCAGCUCUAGAAUUCUUAAUGUCCAAACAGCCACGUGGCAAUGUAAGAGUGGGCACGGGUAAUGCAGCGGGAACAUGUGCCUCAAACAUCUUCGUAGAAGUUAACAAAUUCCAGACCAGAUUCCAGGAUGCAACGGAAAAAGCUUCUACACAACAUUCUAAGGAGACAGACCUCCAAAGAGAAGCAACAAUGGCAGCAAUGCAAGCAAUUAGAUCUAUUUCAAAUUGGUUAUACUGGCAAUCACCUAAUGCCAAUGGACGCACAUCAGAGUCACCAAAAAACCUGAUAUGCGUUUCACGUAAGUCUACACACCCAAACAUCGACAAGCUUCGAGAUGCUGUAGCUGCAAGAAAGCGGGCAAGACAGAGCACAUCAUCCACUCGCCGAAUCCCAUCAAAGUACAUAGACAACGACGAGGAGUAUUGGAUUCCAUCAGUCCUUGCUCUUCCAGCUUCAACGGAAGACACCUCCAAUUCUGCAGCUUAUAACUCAGAACCUUCACCUACUAAAGAAGGCAAAGAAACAGAGUAUAGAGACUAUAGAGUAAAUGACAAUAAGAAGAAGAAGAAGAAACCCAUGAUAUGGGAAGUUCCAGCCAUAGCAGCAGUGAUUGCUUCGGUUAUAGUUCGGCUACAGGUUGGAGAAGGGGCUACUGGGGGAGUAAAAGAACAUAUAGGCGGUUCUUUGGCGCUGGGCAUUGUCAACAGCUCUUGGUUACCGGUUAUAUUAGCAGGGAUUACGUGGUUCAUCAUUGGGAUGGCAAUAACAGAAGUACUCGUGGAAGCCAUUCAAAAUAGACAAUAGCAAGUUAUAUAUAUAAAAAGGUAAAUGCAUGUGAAAUGCAUGCAUUUGUAUAUAAGUACGAUAUUAAAUUAUAAUAUAUAGUAGAAAUACCAAACAAUAAUUUGGGGAAGUUCUUGCCCAGUAUUCAACAA